UAUAAAAGGCUUUCCUUAAGAGGUCUUACAAGGAAAAGUGAAAAUCGUUGACAUGUCUCAGCAUCAGAUGGUAACAGAGGACUUCUACAAGUACCAGGUGUGGUACUUUGAGAUCCUGGGAGUUUGGAAGCUUCCCACUUGGGCCACGGACCAUCAGCGACGCUUUCAAUCCAUGCGAUUUGGCUUCAUCCUGGUUAUCUUGUUCAUCAUGUUACUGCUUUUUGCCUUGAAGCUGCUAGACAACAUUUCCCAAGUGCGAGAGAUCCUGAAAGUGUUCUUUAUGUUUGCCACGGAAAUAUCCUGCAUGACCAAGCUAUUGUAUCUGAAGUUGAAGAGCCGGAAACUAGCUGGGCUGGUGGAUAUGAUGUUGUCAACGGAGUUCUCAGUUAAAACUGAACAGGAAAGACAGAUUUUGGCAUCGACAAACGUGACGGUUGUUCAUAUGAGAAACUUCUAUGGACUUAUGUCUUUUAUUACGGCUUUCAUGAUGCUUCUGAUUCCCUGUUUCGGCAACUAUGAGGAGCUUCCACUGACAAUGUACGAGGUGUGCGAAAUAGAGGGAAGGAUCUGCUAUUGGUUACAUUACAUAUUCCACGCGAUUAGCUUGAUGCCAACAUGUUUCUUGAAUAUAACCUAUGAUUCUAUGGCUUUUUCAUUGCUAUGUUUCCUGAAGGUGCAGCUCCACAUAUUGGUCCUAAGAUUGGAAAAGUUGGGACCUGUGAUUGAUCCCCAGGAUAAUGAGAGGAUUGCCAGGGAACUGCGUGAAUGUGCCGCCUACUACAAUAACAUUGUGCAGUUCAAGAAUCUGGUUGAGUUAUUUAUUAAGGUUCCAGGAUCCGUGCAACUUGUGUGCUCCGUACUGGUGCUGAUUUCCAAUCUGUACGACAUGUCCACCAUGUCCAUUGCCAAUGGAGAUGCCAUCUUUAUGGCUAAGGUUUGCAUCUAUCAACUGGUUAUGCUCUGGCAAAUCUUCAUCAUUUGCUAUGCCUCCAACGAGGUGACCGUUCAGAGUUCCAAACUAGGUCAUGGUAUCUAUAGCUCCGAGUGGACGGAAUGGAACAAAUCGAAUCGCCGGAUUAUUCUGCUCAUGAUGCAGCGCUUCAAUUCCCCAAUGCUUCUGCGCACCUUUAAUCCUACAUUUAUUUUCAGUUUGGAGGCCUUUGCUUCUAUUGUAAACUGUUCGUAUAGCUAUUUCGCUUUGCUAAAGCGAGUCAACAAUUAGAUGUGGAAAAUGGAGGAAAUGUUAUCCUAAAAACUAUAACUAGAACCUUUGGAUGGGAGCUAAGAAAGUCUUCAGAGCC